CCGAUAUCAGAGCUGAAGAUUGGGCCAGGACGAGACUCGGUUUGUGAUUUGCGACAGGAGAGCCUUUGGAUGCAGGAGUUGUGUGCGGUUAAGGGAAGCCGAAGGAACAGCGACACCAAGGACCAUAUCUAUAAUAUCCACACCAAUACCAACAGCCAUAAGGAGCCGAGGAUCCAAUGGCGGGGUGAAGACCUGUCUCUGUCCAACUCACCCAGCUGCCUGAGCUGUCAUUCAUUGAACCCAGCGUAACGCCUCGCGGACACCAUGAGUCAAAGCCGAAAGCCUCCGCCGCUGAUGUUCAUCGUGGGCGACGCGAAGAACCCCUCGAGGACGACCAAGGCCCUCAAAUCAGCAAAGACGUCACACAUCUCGUCGCGCUACCGGUACUGGAGCAAGGCAAACCACCAGGACCUGGCCCUCGACUCGACCACCAAGGCCAUCUUGACGGGGACAUCGUCGUAUCUCCAGCGACUGUCCACGGCGAACUAUCCAAAGACGCCGGCGAGCGCGUCCAACAACGACGACGAGACCGAGCAGGAUGGCCACGAGCAAUCAUCAUCAGAGGGAAGCAAUGGCGCUCUCAUCCCCGUGGCAACAACCUGCACGGCGACAACGACAUCGCAGAAACCACACGUGGCCGUCAAACCCUGGGAGCGUGCCCUCAGAGCAUACGAAGAAUGGGCCGCCUCUCCCUUGACACUGCUGGGCUCACAGUUCUUCGAUAUCUUCACCCCUUCGACGGCCCUGACAUACGACACCGAAAUCAAAGCCAACCUCUACUUUUAUUUCUGGAUCAUCAGGCCGUUUGCGACCCAUCUGCUGCAAUCGUGGAAGUGGCUGGACAACCUGUCGCAGAUCCAGGCGUCGCCCUGUCUAACUUAUGCCGUGGCAACAUAUGCUUCGGUGUUUCUGAACGGCAUGCUCAGAGGGGGCCCUGGUGUAGUGCUACCACCACCGACCGAAAAGGGCCAGAAGUCGCCGUGGCAGAUACCGGCCUGGUUACGCCUCCAUACAAGAUGCCUGGCCGAGCUGAAUGCCGUCCUAAGUGAUCCAAAUCAGGUUGUCGAUGAUUCAUGCUAUCAAGCCAUCCUGUUCCUAUACCGACUAUCGGUGCUACUGGCAGACGGCGAAAGCGGCAGAAUGCACCUCCAGGCGCUGAAGCGGAUGUCCUUGCUCCUCGACACCAAUGAAGCUGCCCUAGAAACAGAACUGGCCGUAUCCAAAGUCAACAUCAUCGGCGCAUUCCUCCACAGCCGCUCGAUCGUCGUGGUUCGCAAGGCCCGCCGCCGAAAUUCAGAGGGACGAAGAGAGAUGAUCGAGAUUGACAGGAGAUUCUGGAAGUCCGACCGGGAAUGGUAUUCUCAUCGAGCGCAUCUGGCAGGGCGCAUGCUGGCCUGGCGGCCAGAGAGUCCCAGCUCCAGCUUGCUGCCGGGCAGUGCGACCGCGAUUGCGCGAAUGGACCCAGAUAGCUGCCGGUUUCUGGGCGAGCCCGAGCACCUCGAGAUGCAGCGGUGCUAUCAGAUUGCGCUGUUCUUCUGGAUGUACCUGAACUGCAUCAGCUUCAACACCUCGGCCCUCAUCGUUCGCUCGAACCUGCUCGAACUGCAGUACCGCCUGUCUAACAUGGAUCUUCCGACCAUGAGCUCCAUCUGCCACACCACGCUCUUCAACAUCUUGUUGGCGGGCACGGCCGCGUCGCGGAACCAACCCGAACGAUGGUGGUUCGUGCACCAGAUCAUUAGGCUCUACCCUGACAUCCAGCACCUCGACACUGUCUGGCAGCUGUUGGCCGAGUUCUUCGACCCCUUGUCGAUCAACUUCAGAUUCAUCCAGGAGAUGUGGCGAGAUUUUGUGGCCGCGAGAAGGACCAUCACAAAGUCGACAAACUCCUCGGACAGCCAGUUGGUCAGGCCGAUCAAACAUUUCCGGCCGACCUCAUACGCACCGGACCUGACAAAACCGCUACCGGUCCUUGAGCUUGACGACCCAGACGUGUUUUCGCUCGAGACGAGCGUCCACCAGUCGCCCGGUCGAGUGGCGGCUGCUUCUUGAAAAUAAUCACCCAAUUCGCUUUGAAGAUGGCGUUCCUGAUGGCUAAGAGCGCAAGAGAGGGAACAGCCUCCAGCUUAUCGUCAAUGUCGAGCUGCCUUUGAAACCCGCCCCUUGCCAAUAUGAUUCUUAAGUGCCGUGAGCCGUCUUGACGUUUUCGAGUCGGAUAGGAAUCAAGUCCUUAAGGGAUCGAGUCCUAAUUAUAGGAGCGGAUCAAGCAAUCGAAUCUUGGACUGAGCAGCCCAUUGCAACGCCGUUUGUCCGUAG